AUGGACGAGCGCGUGAUCCAGGUGGGCGGCAGCCUGUACCUGCGCAGCGCCCAGCUGGAGGACUCUGGCCGCUACACCUGCGUUGUCAGCAACAGCGUGGGCAGCGAGCGCGCCUCCACCUCGCUGCUCGUCACCAAACCGCUGUCAGCGUAUAUCAGUCCGGAAGUGCAGACUGUUGAUGCGGGGAAAGCUGCCCUGUUCAACUGCACGACAGAUGGUCAUCCAAAGCAAUCCGUAACAUGGCUCAAGGACGGACGUCUCAUCACACCUUCAAGUCGUGUGCGCCUGAUUGGAACACAGACGCUGAAGAUAGAGCACGUGGAACGGACAGACAAAGGCAUGUACCAGUGCGUUGUGUCAAAUGGUGGAGAAGCGGCCCAAGGGACUGCACAGCUAAAACUCGGAGACGCAGCGCCGGUGCUGCUACGCACGUUCGCGAACGCGACGCUGGCGCCCGGCUCGGCGUGGUCUGCGCAGUGCGAGGCGUCGGGCUCCCCGGCGCCCGCCGUCUCUUGGGCGUUGGACGGAGCGUCGCUCGAGUCGUCGCCGGGCGGGGAGCGCGUCGCCGUCAGCAACCGCGUCACCGCCGACGGCGUCCUCAGCUACCUCAACGUGUCCGCCCUGGCGCCAGAGCACGGCGGCCGCUACACCUGUACAGCCAGCAACGCCGUCGGUUCCGUCACGCACCAGGCCUACCUUCAUAUACUUGGACCACCAUUCAUCAAGCCUAUGCAAGACAAGACUGUCACAGCUGGUACAGAUGCUAUUUUCAAUUGCUAUGUCACAGGACAUCCUAUCAGCAGCAUCCACUGGGAAAAGGAUGGAAGACCCCUUAAUGAAACUGAGAGGCGAACAUUGUUUCCCAAUGGUACACUUUCAAUAAAAGAUGUUGAUAAAUCUGAGGACAGUGGAGUAUAUGUAUGCAUUGCUAGAAAUCCUAGUGGGCGUUCAGCCAGAAGAAAAGUUAAAGUUCAAGUAUUAGAGGCACCAGAAAUAGAUCCUAUUUUAAUAAAACCAAAGUUGCAGAGAGGUAUGAGAAUACAUUUGACAUGCAUUGUGAGCAAAGGAGACAGUCCAGUAUCAAUUGUAUGGUUGAAAGAUGGCUCAAAUAUUUCUCAAGGACAAGGAAUUACAGAAAAGACUAUAGAUGACUUCUCAAGUACUUUGAGUUUCAGCAGUCUUACUGUGAAACACACAGGAAAUUACACCUGUCGAGCAACAAAUGCUGUAGCUGUGGCGAACUAUACAGUGCCUGUUGUUGUAAAUGUUCCACCUAGCUGGAAAGUUGAACCAAGUGACACUGAAGCGGUACUUGGGAGCAGUCUUAGAGUUGACUGUGCAGCUGAUGGAUCACCAGUUCCUCAAAUUAUAUGGAGGAAGCAGUCACUAGUUGGAGAACAUCCUCUCCAGGAACUAUCCAAAACAGAAAAUUACAGUUCUGUAAAUGCUGAGUCACAAAUUGCAGGAGGUUUUUAUUGUUCUUGCAGAGUUUUUGAAAAUGGUAGCAUGUGGAUACAGAAUGUGAUUCAAGAAAACAAAGGUUACUACAUCUGUGAAGCUGUCAAUGGUGUAGGAAACAAUCUGAGUAAGACAAUUCACAUUGUUGUGCAUGUGCCAGCAAGAAUCUCUAGAACAUUUCAGAAUGUAACAGUUAAAAAAGGUGAAACUGCCACUUUGGACUGUGUUGUAGAGGGAGAUAAACCAAUUAAAAUAAACUGGCUGCUUGGUAAUCAUUCAUCUGACCUAAACUUUCACUCUAAAGUGGACAUCACUGAAGAAACCAUGGACUUCAAAAUUCAUUCAAAGAUGACACUAAAAAAUGCAUUACGAAGUGAUUCAUCUUGUUUUGUGUGCAAUGCUACUAACAAAUAUGGAAGUGAUCUUUCAGAGUUCUACUUAAUAGUGCAAGAAAUACCAGAUCCACCAGCCAAAGUUCAUUUGACAGAUUUUUAUAGUCGCUCAGUCAAUAUUACUUGGAAAGCUUCGUACAAUGGAAACAGUCCAAUAAGAACUUACAUCAUCCAGAUCAAGAACUCUUCAGGUUCCUGGCAAGGAAGUAGCCAUAAUAUGGUGAUAGAUGGCAGUCAGACAAGUGCUAUAAUUACAGAAUUGCAGCCAGCCCAUAGCUAUGAGAUACGCGUACUUGCAGAAAAUUCUGUGGGUGUCUCCAAUGCAAGUGAAUCCAUUUCUGUAACUACAUCUGAAGAAGCUCCCAGUGGACCACCAAGGGAUGUUAAAGUUAGAGCCAUUAACUCAGAAAUAUUGUAUGUCAGUUGGAAGCCACCAGAACCUCAACUUCACAAUGGAGAAAUUAUUGGAUAUUACAUAGGUUACUGUGUGAGAAACUCAACAGAAUCAAUGCAUUACAAGACAUUUGAAGUAAUUCCAGGGAUGGAUCUACAUACAAAACUCACAAAUUUGCUGAAAUUCACAGAAUACAGCAUCACAGUACAAGCUUAUAAUAGAGCAGGAACUGGACCACACAGUCAUAGCAUCAUUGUGUCAACUGAUGAAGAUGUUCCAGGAGGACCUCCAACUGACAUACAAUGUACUUCAUUAACAUCCCACAGCAUUUUAGUUUUGUGGUCAGCACCACUUCCCAAUGAGAUUAAUGGUAUUCUCUUGGGUUACCGGAUAGUGUACCGUGCACUGUCUACUUGGGAUGACCUUCAAACAAUGGAAGAACAAACAUCAGAAAAUAAAAUUGAACUGCUGGACCUCAUACCUUUCUGCAAUUAUAGUAUAGAAGUGAAAGCCUACACUCGAAAAGGAGAUGGUGCAGCAAGCAACCCAGUUUUCUGUCGAACACAAGAGGAUGUUCCAAGUGAACCAGAAGACAUAAAGGCACUAAUAAUGGAUUCCAGAACAAUUCUUCUUUCCUGGAAGCCUCCCAGAUAUCCAAAUGGAAGAAUCAGAAAAUACAAGGUGUACUUGAAGUCACUGGAUGGUGUUAGCCUGGAAAGAGAUCAAUAUGAUUUGCCCUCAGAACAGACCUAUUAUAGUAUUAGCCACUUGGUUGCACAUCACAGAUAUGAGUUCUGGGUGACUGCCAGUACUAUUGUUGGUGAAGGAACUUCAUCGAGGCAUGUUGUGCAGUCAGCAGUUAACCAUGUCCCUGCUCGUAUUGCCUCAUUUGGUGGGCACGUCAUAACUGUAUGGAAAGAAGAGCUCAAGUUGCCAUGCUUAACAGUUGGACAACCAAAUCCACACAUUCAGUGGAAGAAAAACGCCAAGAGAAUCCAUGAGGACAACCAUUUGCAAGUAAAUUCUGAAGGCACACUUCAUAUAGCCUCAGUACAAAUUACGGAUGCUGGGAAUUAUUCAUGUUCAGCUGAAAAUAUUUUUGGGAAAGAAGAAAUCCAAUACAUUGUUUCUGUGCAAGAGAGCAGGAUAAGAGGAGUACCUUCAGCACCAACAAAUUUUCAAGCUUCAUCAUCUACUACAGCCAGUGUUUAUGUUGAGUGGCAGCCACCAACAGCAAUGGGUAGUUCCAUCAAAGGUUAUUAUCUUCACUUCAAGAGAGAAUUUGGAGAAUGGGAGCAGAUCAGUAUACCAGCACAUGAAACAAGCUAUACUGUCAGAGGUCUACAGUGUGGAACUAGACACCAGCUCUAUCUACAGGCAUUCAAUCAACUAGGGAAAAGUUCUCCAACGCCAAUUGUGUCUCUACACACUCAAGGAGCUGCACCAGUUGCUCCCAGUAACUUUGAUCUUAUACAUGUGAAUUCAACAUCAAUUGCUUUGAAUAUUACUUCAUGGAGGGAUGGUGGCUGUCCCAUAACAUCUUUUGUUGUGGAGUACAGAUUGAAACAUGGAACUGAUUGGACACUUGUAUCAAAUAACCUAAAAGCUGAACAAAGAGAAUAUUUUGUACUUGAUCUAAACCCUGAAACUUGGUAUACUCUUCGUAUGACAGCACACAACAGUGCUGGCUCUACUGUUUCCACAUAUGAUUUCGUGACACUCACACAUUCAGGAGGUUUCGUGGCCCCAGAGCUUAUUGUCCAUUCCGAAUAUGGUCAAGAAGGCAUAUACAGCAACAUAGGGAUUAUAAUAACAACAGUUGCCAGCCUAAUUAUUGUAGGAGUUUCCAGUCUGGGAUUUUUCUUGUACAUGAAGAAGAAGCAUGAAACGUAUUUAGCCAACAAGUAUGGAGGAAAGCCGUCAGAAAUUGGACUUGUGGCAGAUAUGGAGAAUGUUGGAGGAUGUGAUUCAACGUCUACAGUGAGAGGGAACAACAUGAAAGCUGCAGCUGUAAUGUGCCAAAAUGCACAAGAAGCUGCUUUUCUUUCAACUCCAUCUCGAGUAUCAUUUGGCUGCAGGGAGGAUAUUAGCCCGUAUGCUACUUUUCUGGUUCCCAACCAUAUCAACAUUGAUGGUUCAGAUAAAGGAUCCCCAUUAUCAUCAGAUCAAUGUUUUCAUUACCAGCCUUCUGAAAGAAGUAGUAGCAGCAUUCAAUCAGUCCAGAUGAAAAUACCUAGUAGAACAAGAUCUGAAAACGAAGUUGUUGACUGGAUCCCACUCCACAGCCUACAUCAGUCUAACAGGUACUGAGUCUGGAGUAGCUUGUGCCUUGUUGGCUCCAGAUUUUUCUCUGCUGACAACAGUGUUUAGUGUUUGUGAUCAUGGAAGAGAAUAUAAGUACAAAUAGUAACUGUAAAAUAUUCAAGUGCCUUCAGAGACAACAGCAGCAGAAGAGGAGAAAAGAUUUUUAUAUUGUAUCAAAAAUCACACUCUAUACAUUUUAAAGAAUAAAUAUUUUUGAAUCAUUGUUACUGUGUGACAUAUGGCAUUUGCACACAUUUUAAGAAUUAUAAUGUGUCAAAUACUUUAUAUCAAAAGUUUCCUCUAAGCAUUAACUUGUCUUGGUACCACAGUAAAUUUGUGUCUACUAACAAAAGGUUAUAUUUUAUAUUUGACUGACAUUUUAUA